AUGUUUGCUGCAUGCCGGUUUGCCUCUGGCAGCCACGGCACCGCUAUGCCUCGAUGGGCAGCUACUCAAUGGACUAGUUCUUUGCCAAGGACUUCUCUUCGGCAUCAGCGGCCAAGUAUGUGGGCACGACUAUCUUUGCUUGCACCGAUGAUAGUGCCACGAGCUCGCAGGCAACUGAGGGGCAUUCACAUUGGCAGUGUCCCUAGAACACGUCGAAGCGCGAGGGGGGUGGCGACACGCAGACCGAUGUCGUCCAGACCAAAAACUAUGAGUUCCGAAGAAUAUGCGCGAUUGCCACCCUUGAGCCAAGAUGGUGGCGAUGAAGAAGCAUUUCGAGAAUACUGGAAAUGGUUCAACGAUCCUCAGUGCUGGGGCUCGUGGGUCGAAAGAAGGACGCAUCCUCAAAUCAGUGUUCGACCAUUCUGGUAUAAUGUGGACACUGAUGAGACGGUGUUUGACGCGCCACAUCAAGAAGGGACUUCCUCGAUGGUACGGAAAGAGUCACUGCAAUUGGAUGGUGUGAUUGAGGAGCUCUCUGUCAAAGAGCUUCGCGCGACAAUGCAGGAUCCAGAACAGCUCCAACACCUAGGUCUCACGGAUGAGUUGCUAGCUCGCCGUGCACUCUGGGAAUAUGAGACGUUUAUUCCGCGAGUCUUAUCCUGGCAUGACUUUCAGUACAAUACUUUUUGGUUCUUCAUCUCGGACCGUGACCGCGGGUCAAACUCCCAGGAAAAGAGAGAUGGUAAGCGUGGUUUUUUUACUGCAGAAUCUGAGCAAAACAAGAAGAUGUUCGCACAUGAUGGGUUCUUCAACGCUGUGGCUGAGCUUGCCAGCCAGCGCUUAGACUGUAUGCAUCCCAUCAACUUGGUAUAUCUUUUGUGGACGUUCACUCGCGCAGGUGUCCCAGCGCGCGAUUUCUUUAGCCAGGCGGCGGAUCAUUUCUGCAACGGGAGGUUGCCUACCUUGGACCGCUGCGGUUUGGGUACCUUGGUCUGGUGCUACUCCAAGCAGCGUCAUCGUCACCCCCGGCUAUUUGACCGGGCCGCGAAAGAGCUGCAGCGAAAUGUGCGAGUGAGGUCGUUGGCACCCAGGAACUUCCAGAACACGAUGAUUGCCUACAGGUGGUACGGAAAAGGCCACGAGCCACUCAUGGAGAAGCUGGCUGAGUGGAUGCCUCGUCUUUUGGAUGAUCAUGAUGAACGGCGGCCAAAGUUGAGGCCGGAAGUUAUGUUCUCUUACACCUGCAAAGAUGGCUCAGUCGUCCCAGCAGAUUCCUUUCGUAUCAACGGUCUCAACAUCAUUGCGCGCGGCUUCGUGAACCUUGAUGUGUGCACGCCAAAGGUGGAGGCAUGCCUCGAAUCAAUCACUGACUAUGUGAUUCGAAGCGCCAAAAGAUCUCCUGCGUGGAUGAGAACGGAAGGGGAUUUAUGCGCUUUCACGACAGUCAUUGCCGAGGCAGUUGUCAAGGGCUGGACCUGCGCGCCCAAGUUGCUCAAGCAGCUUGAGGCGGGCGGGCCGAGUACCAACACUAGGACGUUUGGAUUCACUCCUGCCGAGUAUGCCCAACUCGUGAAGUCACUGUCCGUCGAUGAGCAACGGAACAGGGUGGAGCUUGGACAUUUCGUGAGCUGCUUUCCCAGCUGUUUGCGUUCUUUGGUGCAGCCCUUGUUUUUCCACCUCUCCAAGGAGCGCCUUGGCGAAGGAUCAGCAGAUUGGUCAUGCCUCGCUGAAGGCCUCUCCAGAGUCAUCAGAUCAGGCUUGCCAUGGAGAGAUGUCUUGGAGGUAUGGGCUGAUGCAGAACAACAGGACGCCGCGGGUCCAGGUGCUGACGAGUUGGAGCUGUAUCUGGAGCUGGCUGUGUCAUUGUGCUUUUGGUCUGCAUUUGCAGACCGAUCUUCUGAUUCUCCAGAGGCCUUGGGUCCGGAUUUGGCGGUCGCUGCUCUUCACGCCAGCGUUCCGCGGGAUUCACUGGCAGCAAUGGCGUCCUGGCUGGAAGGCAACGCUCCAAUGCUGCCGGCGGCUGUUGGGCCAAAUCUGGCAACCCUGACUGGUGGUGUGAAGCAAGAACUGCCGCUGUUCGAGAGCCACAUUCUGGAGGCAAGCUUGCAGCUGUUGCUGCGCAGCUGCAGCCCAAGGCUAUGGGAGUCGGAGGAGUGGAUGCCGUUGUUCCGAGACUGGCGAGAUGGCCGUUCCUUCAACGCUUUGCUCAAGGGCGCCUUGUACUACGAGGGUCCUGCGAUACUGCUCAUCCAGACGCAGCAGGGCCAUGUUCUGGGUGCGCUGUCAACGGUUUGGAUGGACAGCAACGGAAAGUUUUCCGGCUCGACGGAGUGCUUUGUGUUUGCUGUGCAGCCAGCUUUCAGAAUGUGCAGGAGUACCAGCACAGCAGGGAACCACUUCUACCUGAACUCGCGCAACAAGUAUGCCCCACGUGGCGUUGGCUUCGGCGGACAGGUUGGCUUCUGCAGGCUCUGGCUUGAUGCCGACUUCGAAGAAUGUUACGUCCUCGAAAGCGAUGCCACCUAUGCAAAAGGUUUGCUGCUGCCAUCCAGCGGAAGCCUUCAGAUCUCCUUCCAGGUGGCCGCCAUUGAGGUUUGGGGCUGUGGUGGGCCUGAGGCCGCACAAGCGCAAAGGGCGCACCGGGAGCGCAUUGAGGGUGUUCGCGAGCAGGCACGGAAGGUCGACAAAGCGCGACUCUGUGAGAAUGACUUUGACAAGGAAAUGUUUUUGGGCAAUACGUUCUCCGCAACAGCGGGCUCCCGCGCAGAUCCCAAGGAGGACAAAGAGCGUGCGGCUGCUGAUUGA